ACAGACCGGGGGUCAGAUCACACUAGGCAGGCUUGGUGGAUGGAUGCCCAGCUCUCAAAUUCGGCGAGUGAGUGAGUGCCUGGUGUCUAGAAUCCGUGGACCUCCAGAUCAUGGUUCUGGUGGGAGAUGAUCAGUGUGAGGUCGAUUGUGAGUUGAAUUUGCGCAGCUCGGGAGCAGCGUAAACUGCGACUGAUGGAUGCGGGAACUGGGUCAAGCUGCUGUAGCUUGUGUGAGUGUGGAUCCAUCGUGGUAGCGUGAUAGUGUGCGUACUGGAGUGCUGGAGGUUUUGGUUUUGGGUUCGUUAUUAUUAUUAUUAUUAUUUAUUUAUGUUUUUAUACGGUGCGCAGUGAUCGUUGUGGUCAUGCUGAAUGAGUUGUUGAGUCCGUCGGUGUGGAGGCGAUUGCGCUGCCACGUUGAAGUAGGGGAACGGAGGGAGUUGGGGAGAGUGAGGGUGCCACUCGUUUGUCAUGGAUACGGAAGUCGACUCCGAUGAACGGCCUCCGGAGAGUCGGGGAGCUCGCAUGCACAAGUCCUCGCUGGCAGCAGUCCUCAUGCUGUCGUACCAGAGCUUCGGCGUGGUGUAUGGUGAUUUGUGCGUCUCCCCGCUGUAUGUCUUCCGCAGCACGUUUUCGGAGGACCCUCACUCGCAUAUCACAGAAGCCGAGAUCCAUGGUGUUCUGUCGCUCAUCUUCUGGACACUCACUCUUGUGGCCGUCAUCAAAUACGUCAUCAUCGUCCUGAGCGCGGAUGACAACGGCGAAGGCGGCACUUUCGCACUCUACUCCCUUCUUUGCCGGCACGCUAAGCUGAGCCUAAUUCUCAACCAGCAAACCGCUGAUUCGGAGCUUUCUACCUACAAGCUGGAGCAGCCACCGGAGACGCCACGGGGGGAGAAGGUGCGCAAGUUGUUGGAGAACAACGUCUUUUUGAAGAAUGGGCUGCUCAUCGUUGUGUUGCUGGGCACCUGCAUGGUCAUUGGGGACGGCAUCCUCACUUCUUCUAUUGCAGUGAUGUCAGCUACUUCGGGUAUUACGGUGGCCGCCCCUCAACUGUCCGAGAAUGUGGCAGUGCUGGUGUCGUGCUGCAUUUUGGUGCUUCUCUUCGGACUGCAGCACCUCGGCACUCACCGAAUCUCAUUUUUGUUUGCGCCAAUUGUGCUUCUGUGGCUCCUCUGCAAUUGCACCAUAGGAGUAUAUAAUCUCAUUACCUACAAUCCAAGCAUUGUGCGCGGUCUCUCACCGUACUACAUAUACCACUUCUUCAAGGUCUCAGGCAAGAAUGGCUGGAUUUCCCUCGGGGGUGUUCUCCUCUGCAUCACAGGCUCGGAAGCAAUGUACGCCGACUUGGGCCAUUUCUCUCGAAACUCUAUCAAGGUCGCCUUUACGUGCAUCAUAUACCCUAGUCUGCUGUUGGGGUACUUGGGCCAAGCUGCGUACUUGUCGAAGAACAUUAACGAUGUCGACCAUGGGUUUUAUCGCACCAUCCCAGAGCCUAUUUUCUGGCCGGUCUUUGUCACUGCGACAUUGGCUUCAAUCGUGGGGAGCCAAGCUAGCAUCACGGCGACGUUCUCUAUCAUCAAGCAGUGCCAGGCGCUAGGGUUCUUUCCCUGGGUGAAAGUGGUGCACACUUCGAGCACCAUGCAUGGGCAGAUUUACAUACCCGAGGUCAACUGGAUCAUGUUCGCUAUCAGCUUGAGCGUCACAGUCGGAUUCCAAAACACAAUCGCUAUUGGAAAUGCUUACGGCAUUGCGGUGAUUGCGGUGAUGCUGGUGACAACAUUUUUGACGACACUCGUUAUUCUAAUCGUCUGGCAAAGAAGCGCAUUUCUGGCUUGGGGCUUCUUCCUCCUUUUCGGCUCGGUGGAAUUGAUUUACCUAUCAGCGGCGCUAUACAAGGUUAAGCAGGGGGGUUGGGUUUCUCUGGUGCUGGCCGGCUCCAUGAUGUGCAUUAUGUACGUGUGGCACUAUGGCACCGUAAAGAAAUACGAAUAUGACCUACAAAACAAAGUGUGCAUGAAAUGGCUCCUAGGUCUGGGCCCAAGCCUUGGUAUUGUCCGCGUACCAGGCAUCGGGUUGAUCUACACCGAGCUUGUCACUGGGGUGCCUGCCAUUUUCUCCCACUUCGUCACGAACCUUCCAGCCUUUCAUCAAGUCCUUGUCUUCGUUUGCAUAAAAUCAGUACCCGUCCCCUACGUCCCAGCCCACGAGCGCUACCUCAUUGGGCGAGUCGGAUCGAGGGAUUUCCGCAUGUACAGAUGUGUAGUGAGGUCUGGCUACAAGGAUACUUAUGGAAGCGGCGACGAAGACGAAUUUGAAAACGAGCUUCUGUACAACCUUUCGGAGUUCAUCCAGACGGAGGGCUCAGCCCCAUGGAUCGCUUCUAGCAACGAAAUGUCGCUGGAUGGGCGCAUGACCGCCAUGGGCGCCCUUGGCGCCAGCUUUGCAGCUUCCAACACCGGCCUGUCACUUCCCCUUUCAGAGACACAGACCGAGAGAGAAAACACAUAUAAUUUCAACUUCAACGCAGACAGCCUGGAGUCGUGGGAGGGAGUUAAUUCGCCCCCUGUCGUGCGCAAGAGGCAUGUGCACUUCAACAUCGCCAAGAGUGACACCGACAUGGAGGCUGAUUCUGAGGUCCGGAAGGAGCUCAUGGACUUGAUUGAUGCGAAGGAGGCUGGCGUUGCGUAUGUAAUGGGCCACCCUUAUGUAAAGGCUAAGCCUUCGUCCUCUUGGCUGAAGAAGUUCAUCAUCGAUUGUUUUUACUCUUUCCUUCGGAGGAAUUGCCGGCAGCCGACAACGGCUCUUCACAUCCCUCACAUGAGCCUCAUUGAGGUGGGCAUGAUAUAUUAUGUGUAGAUCCUGUAUUAUAAACUUGUAAAAUAGCUGCGCAACAGUGGACUAAUCGGACUUCGGCCAUUCGAUCACUUCAAACGAGGUGGGCUCCAGUGGGACAAGACACUUGGGGACGAAUACGAGGAUUAUAAUAGAACCAUUUAGAACUGCCUUUCGAUUUUGGAACAGGCUCUCCUGCUGCUAGAUUGUGCAAACAUCACCUUUGAACACAAAAUGAUAAUGCAGGGUUUUUCUUUGUUACUAACGUGGUAUGAUCUGUUUCUUUUC